ACGGAGUCUCACACAACUCAAUACAAAAAAACAAGAGAAAUGUUAACACUACAAACUCAAACCUUCUUUCCCCUAAUUCUAAACCCCUCUAAAACCCUAAUCCCCAAAUUCAAAACCCUCAAUUACUCCCAAUCCCCGGGUCAAAUCCCCAUCCCAACAUCCAAUUCGGGGCUCCGAUUCCACGACAAGCUCCUCUACCUCAAAACCCUAAAUGUCAAUCCCCAAAAAGCCCUCCAACAAAACCCUAAUUUCCGCUCGACCCCACUUGAAUCCCUCAAAUUGGUGGAGAAUUGCUUGCUCUCGAUGGGUAUCGAACGCGGAGCGUUCGGUAGAAUCUUUGAUAUGCACCCCCAGCUUCUUAGUUGUGAUCCUUACUUUGAUCUUUACCCUGUUUUUGGAUUCUUGUUGAAUGAGGUUAAAAUCCCUUUUGUCGAUAUUCGUAAGGCGGUGGUUAGGUGUCCUAGGCUGUUAGUUUGCGAUGUCGAUGAGAAAUUGAGACCCACAUUGCGGUUCUUGAGGAAUUUGGGGUUUGUUAGGAUGAAUGCUGUUUCGUGUCAAACUACAUUGUUGUUGGUUUCGAGUGUGGAAGUUACGAUAAUGCCGAAGCUGGAUUAUUUGAUGAGUUUGGGGUUUGAGUACGAUGAAGUGGCGAGGAUGGUUGUGAGAUCACCGGCUUUGUUGACGUAUAGUGUAGCUAAUAAUUUGAUGCCGAAAAUUGAGUACUUUUUGAGUGUGAUGAAUGGAGAUUUAGGCGAAUUGAAGAGGUUUCCGCAGUUCUUUUCAUUUAGUUUAGAAGGUAAGAUAAAAAGGAGGCAUCGGCUGCUGGCUGAGCGUGGACUUACAAUGCCAUUGUCGGAGAUGUUGAAGAUCAGUGAUGGAGAGUUUAAUAAUAGGUUGAUUGAAAUGAAGCUCCGAUUACUUUCUAGAAGAUAGUUUUACGUAUACUGCUCACGGGGACGGGACAGAAAGAGUAAUAAUACAGGUACCAGGAACCGUUGGGCCUUGCUGUGUUUUAUUUCAUGAUAACUCAGGCACAGCACAUGGGGUUGCAUGCACGUGGACAGGUACAGUUACUUAUUCUCUUAAAUUUCAUAUACACAAACAUGCUGAACUUCAACAGUAAAGCUGUGUUUCCCAUCCCCAAUCAGUGAAUAAAAAUCUAUAACAAAAUCAAGAUUGUCCUGACACUACUCUUAUUAUGAUGCACAGUUAGAUAACUUCUUAGCCUUUUAUUUUACUGUGCUUUUCAGAGCUUUAUCAGCAUUACUCGCAGGGCGGAUCUAAUAAAAGACACGUUGAUAUGUGUCCUUCUGAAAAAAUUGAUAUUUUUUUAUCAUAUUAAAUUUUAUAAAAUCGUUGAAGUACCCCACAAAAUUUAAAAAUAUAUAUGUACUUUCUGAAAAUUUGUUUGGUGCCCUGCAAGAUUUGAAUCCUAGAUCCGCCCCUGCUAGUGAACAGUGCAUGCUCUCAUCUUCUUUGCUUUUGUUUUAAAGCUCUCCAUAAGUAGGUCCAUUUGGGUUUCCAUUUCUGUACAGUAACUUUUCAACUUACAGGUCUGCAAAAAUGAACUCUGGAUUAGCCUGUGGCUAGGCUAGUUUGUAGAGUGAGUUGUUUACAUCUUGCAAGGGUGAAAAGAUGAAGCUUUUGAAUUAUUAUGGACAGUGGUAGUGUUCUAUUUGUGGUAUUAUACUAUUAGGAAUUGGUGAGGACAUGAGGUCAUCUUAGUGUGUUUGAGUAAGCAAAGCAGAGCAUCUCUGAACUCAUCUGUGAUUUCUCACUGUAUAUUUUAGCUAUAUGCAAGUAUGGCUGUGUAUCCUGCCCUUGUUUUAAAUGAUCAGUUCUUCACUGGCAAUUUACUCAGUAA